CGGCCUCCCCCAAGUGCCCCCCGGGGCUUCUUGUAGAAGCCGCCCCCGCCCCCCGCCGGCGGGACGGCCCGCGUGAGGCGUGCGGAGCUUGCGGGGACAAGGCGGGGAACCGGGCAGGAAUUAACGGCCGCCCGCCUCCUCCUCCCGCCCCGUGCCCGCCGCUCGGCCCCGCCGCUGCCGCCUGCCCGGCCCGAGGAGCGGCCCCGGGCGCCCCGCAGGCCACAGCAAAUCCAUCCCCACUCCUGAAACAGAGUCAGAGCUGUGCCCAUGCUCUGAGCACCUCCCUUCUGAACACACAGAUCCCUCCUUCUACAUCUUAUUAGCUCUGCUCAUCUUGUCUUCCCCCCUGCCUUGCUCACUCACCCGCGAUCCCACCGUGCAGCCACUCAGCAGCAGGAAAACAGCCCCCGCAGGUGAGCGCUGGUGAAAAUGGGGGACACAAGAGACAUCUGUCCUCACCUGGAUUCCAUAGGAGAGGUGACCAGGGAUGAUCUGCUGCUCAAAUCCAAGGGAACUUGCCAGUCUUGUGGAGCUGUGGGACCAAAUCUCUGGGCUUGUCUUCAGAUUGGCUGUCCUUACGUUGGUUGUGGGGAGUCCUUUGCUGACCACAGCACACUUCAUGCACAGGCCAAAAAGCACAACCUGACCGUCAACCUGACCACCUUCCGCAUCUGGUGUUACUCCUGUGAGAAGGAGGUGUUCCUGGAGCAGCGGCUGCCAGCGCCCCCCCAGGCACCGCCAGGGAAGUUCACUGAGCCGGAUUCUCCAUGUCCUGCUCACCCUUUGAAAGCUGUUCCCAUUGCAGUGGCUGAUGAAGGCGAAUCUGAAUCAGAGGAUGAUGAUUUGAAACCCAGAGGCCUUACUGGAAUGAAAAAUCUUGGGAACUCCUGCUACAUGAAUGCAGCACUUCAGGCUCUCUCUAACUGCCCACCUCUCACACAGUUUUUUCUGGAAUGUGGAGGGCUGGUCCGUACGGAUAAGAAACCAGCACUGUGCAAAAGUUACCAGAAGUUGGUGUCUGAGGUUUGGCAUAAAAAACGCCCGAGUUACGUUGUUCCCAGCAGCUUGUCCCAUGGGAUCAAACUUGUCAACCCCAUGUUCCGAGGCUACGCGCAGCAGGACACUCAGGAGUUCCUGCGGUGCCUGAUGGAUCAGCUUCAUGAAGAACUGAAGGAACCAAUUGUUGCAGAGAUCAGGGAUUUGGAUACCAGUGACCAGGACGACAAACGGGAGGGUGACCGGAGUCCUUCGGAGGAUGAGUUCCUCUCCUGUGACUCCAGCAGUGACAGGGGUGAAGGAGAUGGCCAGAGCCGGACCACAGGGAGCUCCCUGGCAGAGACAGAGUUGUUGAUCCAGGAUGAAGCAGGGAGAGGCAUCUCUGAGAAGGAGAGGAUGAAGGACAGAAAGUUCUCCUGUGGCCAUCGGCGCAGCAACUCGGAGCAGGUGGAUGAGGAUGCAGAUGUUGAUACCACCAUGAUGCCAAUUGAUGGCAGAGCCUCACCUGAGAUGCUGCCAGCACCCCGUCCUGCCAGCCCUUGCAGGACACCAGAACCUGACAACGAUGCCUACGUGCGCUGCUCCUCACGCCCCUGCAGUCCUGUCCAUCAUGAGAUGCACUCCAAGCUCUCCAGCAGCCCUCCCCGCUCCAGUCCUGCCAGGCUUGGACCUUCCUAUGUACUCAAGAAAGCCCAGAUGCAGGCUUCUGGGAAAAAGAAGAAGGAGCUCCGUUACCGCAGCGUGAUUUCGGACAUCUUCGACGGCUCCAUCCUCAGCCUGGUGCAGUGCCUCACCUGUGACAGGGUUUCUACAACAGUGGAGACAUUCCAGGACCUGUCACUCCCAAUCCCAGGGAAGGAGGACUUGGCCAAACUGCAUUCUGCCAUCUACCAAAACGUGCCAGCUAAGACAGGGGCAUGUGGGGACAACUAUGCCUCCCAAGGCUGGAUUGCCUUCAUCAUGGAGUACAUCCGGAGGUUUGUGGUGUCCUGUAUCCCUAGCUGGUUUUGGGGUCCUGUUGUGACACUGGAGGAUUGCCUUGCUGCCUUUUUUGCAGCAGAUGAAUUGAAGGGGGACAACAUGUACAGCUGUGAACGGUGUAAAAAACUGCGGAAUGGAGUGAAGUACUGCAAAGUCCUCCGGCUGCCAGAGAUUCUUUGCAUCCACUUGAAGCGGUUCCGGCACGAGGUGAUGUAUUCCUUCAAGAUCAGCAGUCACGUCUCCUUCCCCUUGGAAGGGCUGGACCUACGACCUUUCCUGGCCAAGGAGUGUGUCUCUCAGAUCACCACCUAUGAUCUCCUCUCUGUCAUCUGUCACCAUGGCACAGCAGGCAGUGGGCACUACAUUGCCUACUGCCAGAACGUGAUCAAUGGCCAGUGGUACGAGUUUGAUGACCAGUACGUCACCGAAGUCCACGAGACCGUGGUGCAGAACGCAGAAGCCUACGUCUUGUUCUACAGGAAAAGCAGUGAAGAGGCUGUGCGGGAGCGUCAGAAAGUCGUGUCCCUUGCCAGCAUGAAGGAGCACAGUUUACUUCAGUUCUACAUCUCUCGAGAGUGGCUCAAUAAAUUCAACACCUUUGCUGAGCCUGGUCCCAUCACCAACCACACCUUCCUGUGCUCUCAUGGAGGGAUCCCUCCUAAUAAAUACCACUACAUUGAUGACCUGGUUGUGAUUCUGCCCCAGAACGUGUGGGAAUAUCUCUACAACAGGUUUGGGGGUGGCCCUGCUGUGAACCAUCUGUACGUGUGCUCCAUUUGCCAAGUGGAGAUUGAAGCACUGGCCAAACGCAGGAGGAUUGAAAUCGACACCUUCAUCAAGCUGAACAAGGCUUUCCAGGCAGAGGAGUCUCCAAGUGUCAUCUACUGUAUCAGCAUGCAGUGGUUCCGUGAGUGGGAAGCCUUUGUCAAGGGGAAGGACAAUGAGCCUCCCGGACCAAUUGACAACAGCAAGAUUGCACUCACUAAAGCAGGUGGCCACGUUCAAGUUAAGCAGGGUGCCGACUAUGGGCAGAUUUCUGAGGAGACCUGGGUUUAUUUAAGCACACUCUACGGAGGGGGCCCAGAAAUUGCAAUCAGACAGAAUGUGGCCCAGGUCCAAGAGCUGGAAAACCUGCACGGGGAGCAGAAGAUUGAGGCGGAGACGCGGGCGGUGUGAAGGGGCAGGGAAGGUAUGACACAAACAUGCAGGUGGGGAUGGGAGGCUGGGGAAUCCUGAGGAGUCAAACCUCUUCUGCUGUCUGGUACCCCAAGGCAUGUGCAGCUCCCACCACCACUUCUGGGGCAGGCAGGUUUCCUCCACCAGCCUUUCAUGUGUCUUUUUGGUGGUGCUGGGCACGACUGGGAGAAAAGCAGCUUCUCUGCAACUCACCUCUGGAAAAAGCCGUGGUAGGAGGCUACAGCCAGAGGCCACCCCAGCCCUCUCUCCCAUUGGUUUGCUUCCAAGAAACCAGCACUCCCAGCUUGCCCCCCCAGUGAACUGGGUCUGCUCCUUUGCAGAUUUUGCUUUUGGCACUUUUUAACUCAAAUGUAUCAAGAUAAUGGCACCUCACUUCUGUUUCCAGUGUUGCAACUAGAGAAGCUUGUUAUUUGAAGCUGACCAAAGCCACCAGGUCUCCCAGUAGUUUGGUGCUGGUGGUUCACAGCUGCCACAACUUCCUAGUUUUGCCCUUUAUCUAAUUCUUGCAAAUUUAGUUGCAGUAGACUAAGAAAUUUUGAAAGAGGCCAUUUCUUUUUCCCUUAGCCCCUAAAGCCCCUUCAUGGCUCUGCAGUUUAUUAUUUUUUCCUCUUUGUAUCUGACUUCAUGUGCUCAGCAUGUUUUCAGAGAACAAAGCUGGAAGAUGAGUUCUCCUUCCCAAUGGAUUCCCACUGCACUUUCUGCUAAAGCUCCUGGCAGUGCAGCUCUGGGGUGCUGCUUCCAAGGUGGUUCAGUCACAGGGGUGAUACACAAACAGCUUAAGCUCAGAGCUGUUCAGGGGCAGGGGUCAUUGGAGCAGGGUACAGGACAGCUCUGAUCAGGCUUCUUGGUUCAUAACCCCAUUCUCAGACCCUGCUGUUGGCCUCCAUCUGUCUCCACAUCUGUCAUGAGAAGCAAGGGGCCAUGAAAGAUGAGGAAGAACCAGUUUGUUUGCACAGAGCCUGUAGAGAUGGGUCACCCUGGGACAGGGUGGUUGUUCAGCCCUGGGGAAGGGGCCUGGCUGAGCAGGCUCCAGGUUCUUGAAGCAGCUUUUUAGGAAUGAGCUGCUUUCUGCAAACAAGCCCCCACCUGUGUGCUGAGGUCAUUCCAGCUUCUCCACACAGAGGGCGUUUGUGUACACAGUGGCUCAUUUAAUGACCAGAAAUAACUUGCUCUCCAAUCACUGCUGCCAACACAGCCACCAAGUAUCCAGUAGCAGGAGGUGGAGAGAGACAUGGAGACAAAAAAGGCUAAAUGUUACUUUUCUCAGCAGGGCUGUUUCUUAGAAGUUCUUUGUUUAUCUUGUAAGCCAGAAAGGCAAGAGGGAAAUCUUUGCAAGCAUCUGAGUGCAAAUUAAUGGAAGGAGAGCAUGGCAGAAGUGGCCUGACAUGGGGCUGAGGAACCAAACUGUGUGUUCCCUGUGCUGGAAGCUGAGGCCAUCAAGUCUGGCCUUGGUGGUACCAGGCUCAGUGUGGGGCUGAGCUCCUCCUGUAAAAAAAAAGAGGGAGGGAAAGGCUGUGCUUUGACUUGAAAGAGUGGGAAAGUGUGGGAGACAGGAGAAUUUGGAAAGACAAAUGUGGCCUUCUGAUUUUUUCUUUUUUUUUUAGACCAAAUGUUUGCUGCAAACAGCAACUUCUUCUUUAAAAGUGUCUGUAAAUGGUUCAGCAUGUUCAUUUUACUAUCCUGUUUAUUGGAUGCUUGUACAUACCCAGCCAGGCCUGAGGGGAGGUCUGAGAAUGAGCCACUGGUGGAAUUUCUCAUUGUUUUAAGUUGUCUUUGUUGGCUACUGCAGCUGCCUUGGGAUCUGCUGCAGAGCCUGUAGGGCUGCAUGUCCCUGUUGUCUGUGCCCUUCAGAGAUCCUGUACAGGCUCUAGUCACACUCCUGUGCUUAAGUGUUAUUCUUUGUGCUGGAAACGUGUUACAAUAAAUACAUGUGCAUUCAA